UCUCUCUCUCUCUCUCUCAAGCCAUGCUUUCCAACCAUGCCCAUGCAUGCUUUUUCUCAAAAUACCCCCAUAAAAUCAUAGGAGUAAGGAAAAAUGGAUACAUAAAUACCCAUAGAAAAGGUUAUGUUAUACAAUUUCAAGUGCUAGUGAAUCAGAAGUAUAAUAUUCUGAACAGAUCCAACAAUGAGCAUUUCUUCAGAUGUUGGUCUCAAAGAUUCUCAUCAUUUGCCGACAAUCCCAAUCACAGUGCUAAGUCCAAUUUCCAUCAUGGGUUACUUAGGAAAUACUGUUUUGUGGCCCAAUUAGAGAAUGCAGAACUUGAGCCUGAUUGCUCAAGAAGCUUUUGGGCUGGUGCUUUGAAACAGUUAAACGCCUUCUAUCGGUUUUCUCGGCCCCACACGAUGAUGGGCACUGCCAUAGGAAUAAUAUCAGUUUCUCUUCUUCCUGUGGAAUCAAUCUCUGAUCUUUCUCCAACAUUUUUCAUGGGACUCAUUAAGGCAUUGCUGCCAUCAAUUUUCAUGAACAUUUAUGUUGUGGGAUUGAAUCAGCUCUUCGACAUCCAAAUCGACAAGGUUAAUAAGCCAGAUCUUCCGCUUGUUUCUGGCGAAUUUUCUAUAGGAGUUGGAAUAGCAAUUGUCGCCGCCUUUUGCUUCAUGAGCUUUGCAAUGGGAUUAAUGUUUCAAUCUCCUCCAUUGUUUUGUGCCCUACUCAUUAGCUUUUUGGUGGGGAGUGUAUAUUCUAUCAAUCUGCCAUUUCUGAGAUGGAAAAGGCAUGCACUUCUUGCUGCAACCUGUAUCCUGUCUGUGAGAGCUAUUGUCGUGCAAUUUGCAUUCUUUAUUCACAUUCUGAAAUACACAUUCAGGAGGCCAAUAGCUUUUACAAGAUCAUUGGUAUUUGCCACAGCGUUCAUGUGCUUCUUCUCAGCUGUCAUAGCACUAUUUAAGGAUAUACCAGACGUUGAUGGAGACAGAAGUUUCGGUAUUCAAUCCUUCAGCGUUCGUCUUGGCCAACAAAGAGUAUUUUGGCUGUGUAUUAAUCUAUUAUUGACAGCAUAUGGUGCUGCCAUGGUUGUAGGGGCUUCCUCAUCGUCCAUUUCCACCAAGCUUGUGACUGUGUUGGGUCAUGGCACACUAGCUUCCAUUCUCUGGCACCGUGCUCAAUCUCUUGAUCUGAAGAAUAAAGCAUCAAUAACAUCUUUCUACAUGUUCAUUUGGAAGCUAUUCUAUGCUGAGUACCUCUUAAUUCCCUUUGUGCGUUGAGAAGAAUGUGGAAGAGUACACAUGUAGAGAGAGACUCACAUGCCCCAGAAAAACACACUCUUGUUUUCAUUUAGCAACAGCCAAGGAAUUUGAGUGGAUAGAGAGCUUGCUAACAUUAUUACUUGGAUCAUAUAUAUCACCUAGACAUGACCACAGAAAAUUCAAAUUGAAAUGGCUGAUUUGUAUUAUGUUUUCUUUCUUUUUCCCAUUGGUUAGGUCUUGAAGGUGCAUUUUCUUACCGCAUAAUUCAUAUGCGGAAGAUGGGCCACGGGUGGUGAAUCCAGUCUGCUCAUCUUGUGGGUCCCUCUGUUGAUGUUCCAUGAUUGAAAUCCAACCUACAGAAGAUUAUAUUUAUUGUUGAGUUUUCAUUGUUCA